AUGUUAAACAGUGAACUAAAUUACAAUAAUCAAUCACCAAAAUCGAUUUCAACGUUUUUUUCAUCAUCAUCAUCAUCAAAUGAUGCAAUUCCAAAUACAACAGUUGAACAUUUGUCUGUAACGCCAACGAUAACAAAUCAACAUCCACAACAAAGACAAAUGAAAAUAGGAAAAUAUUAUUUAGAAAAAACAAUUGGAAAAGGAAAUUUUGCUGUUGUAAAAUUGGCCACACAUUGUGAAACAAAUCAAAAAGUAGCAAUAAAAAUCAUUGAUAAAUGUCGGCUUGAUGGAAAUGAACAAAAGAAAUUAGAACGAGAAAUAGCUGUAAUGAAAUCACUUUCACAUCCGUAUGUCAUUCGAUUAUAUGAAGUUAUGGAAUCUAAAAGUCUUAUUUAUUUGGUAACAGAAUAUGCUGCAAAUGGAGAAGUACUAGAUUUACUUAUUCGAGAAAAUCGUUUAAGUGAAUGUAAAGCACGUGAAAAAUUUAAACAAUUACUUAUUGCGGUGGAUUAUAUUCAUUCAAUGAAUAUUGUACAUCGUGAUCUUAAAGCUGAAAAUCUUUUAUUAGAUAGUAAUGAUAACAUUAAAGUAGCAGGUUUACCUUAUAAUGCUCAAAAAGUGGAUGUGUGGAGUCUUGGUGUUUUAUUGUACGUAUUCGUUUGUGGACAUUUACCAUUUGAAAGUAAUAAUAUAAUCGAAUUACGUAAACGUGUAUUAUCUGGUCAAUUUCGUUUGCCAUUUUAUAUUAGUUCCGAAUGUAGUUCAUUAAUUGUAAGCAUGCUCAAUGUUGAUCCAGAAAAACGUUAUUCUAUACAAGAUAUUAUCAGACACCAGUGGAUGUUACCAUGUCUAUCUGAUCCAGAUUUUUAUGCUGUUUUAAAUUCCCAAAGUUUGAUACAACCUUCAAUAACAGAUGAUAUUAACAACGUUAUCUUGCAUCAAGCUGAGUCACUUGGAUAUAAUCGAUCACAGAUACUUAAAUCCGUUAACGGCAACUCUUAUGAUAGUGAUGCAGCCAUUUAUCAUUUGUUACUUGAAAAGUUUCAACAAAAUCUUCAUAUUGAUAAUACCAAUACCAAUCACAAUCACAAAACAUCUAAAGCAAUAAACGAAACUAUUCCAACAAUUAUCCCAGCACCAUUUGAACAUAAUCAGUCAUUUACUCCAAAUUACACUGAUGGAACAAGAACGACAAAUGCCCUUGAUCUAUUGGAUGUAUCAAAUAACAAUCAAAUUGCACGACGUUCUACGGCACCCGUAUUAUUUGAUACACUAUUAAAUCAAGAUAAAGUGGUUUAUUCAAAACCAAAUCCAUGCCUUGCAUCAGUACGACUAGAGCUCGAUCCAUGUGAUUUGAAUAAAGCAUCAUUUUUUAAUAAUAACAAUAAUAAUUGUCAUAAUCGAAAUACAAUAGCUGAAAUACCCGUCGAAAAUACUGAGGAAGAAUUGGAAAAUGAAAGUGAUGUAAAUGAAGCCAGUGAUGAUGAACAAGAUGAAGCAGAGUGUGCAGCUUUGCGCCAACAUUACUGUAAUAUGACAAACGGUCUCCGUCGACAUACAGUUGGUAAACCAAAUCCGUUGCUAGGCUUAGGUCAUAUUGGUCCUAUUCCGUCCUUAACAUCGAAAGUACGAUUUGCUCAUCAAGUUCGAUCACAAAAACCCUUCACAAGACUAGAAACUUCAUCUAUCGAACCAUCUAUUCUCAUAAAUCAACUUUCAUCAUUUCAACAACAAGAAUCCAAUAAUUUAACAACAUCAUCAGAUGGGCUACAAUCUCCACCCACAUCAUUCUCACAUUAUCAACGAAGUCGACACUCAAACAGUUAUAAUGGUUUACAAUUUAAUUCAAUGAUGAUAAAGCCCGACGAUUGUGAAGAUUUACACGAACGACAACAGAAGAAUAAUCUCAAUUGUUGUUUACUUGCACCUCCAGUAUCAAAUAAUUUUAAUAUGAAUCGUCGGGCUAGCGACAGUGGUACACAUCUCCAGAUGUUUCAACAACUACAUGUUGCACCAACUAACAGUACUGGAGUCAUUCGACCAAUAGAAAUAUCAUCAUCUAACCGUUCAUUACGUGGCAGUAUCACCCGUGGUUUACCUGUCUCGCAGCCUACUGUUCUAACCUCGUCGACCGAAGAAGACGAAGGAAAACGUCUUGCCCGGUAUCUACAACAUAGUAAACGGCACACAGUGUGUGAUCAAACCUCGUUUCUGGCAGCAAAACCAAGACGUACACGCGAUUCAACAAAAGACAUUUAUGGAGAACGAUCCUUUUCUCGUCGUGCCAGUGAUACAAAUCCAAAUUCAUUAACAUCAUCAAUGAGAGCACACCUCGAACGUUUAUACAAUACAGCUGUUGGCUCACAAUCAAACGACGGUGAUGAAGAUGUAACAACGUCAAGUUUACAAGAACUUCAAAAACUUCAACGUCAGUAUCCAACAGUGUCGCCACUUACUGUUACAAAUGAAACAACACGUCGAGCAGCUGCAUCUUCACCAACAAAUGCACCAGUUUUACAUAUGAUACAAGAAGAACAUCACCCUGUCCCAUCCGAUCACCAUUCAAACUUACAAAGUUUAUCAUCGUUGAUUCCAGAAACUACUAUUGAUAGAACAUCAUCAUGUAAUUCCAUUAAUAAUCAAGAAACGUUAAUGGAUUACGAAUGCGAUGAUAGACAAACGUCGAUACCAGCAUUUUCCUACUCUUAUUAUAAUAAUGAUUUAGAAAAUUUUUCAAUGUUUGCAAACCCAUUUAUUCUUCAACAGCAACAGCCACUCUAUUUCACUCCGCCAAUGUUUCUUGAACACUUAACUAUACCGUCAACGACAUCCGUUUCAGCCACAACAACAACAUCCUAUUCUCCUUAA